GAAACAGUGCAGCCUUGCUGAUUUGACCGAGCUACGCGUAGCAGCGCCGAGCACCAAUGCCCAGCCACGCGCGUGCCCAAGCCAUGCCACUGCCACGCCAGAAUGCAGUAGCCCGAAACCACCGCCACUCAGUCAUUCGUCCAUCGUAAUGUCUACCAUUAAUGGAGCUCCAUGGCAUGCGUUUCUCUGGAUUUAUGGUGCAGCUAUGGCCACGGGACCGCGUGAAGUCUGCAGCCCCGACUCCUCUGCUUCCCCUCUCCUCUCCUAUAAAAGGCAGCAUCCCCUUCUGCACUCCCUCACAGCGUUCCUCCAACCUUCUUGUUAAUCUCUAUUCGUACGACCGCUCAUCGAAAUUUACCUCUGCUCGUCACAACUGUGCUGGUCCUCAUGCUAGCGACCCAUUUUGCCCCGCUACCAGAUCCCCACCGUUGCGUUGCAGUCGACGCCGUCAUAUAACACCGAUCGGAGCUGCCGACGCGGUUUGCCGCCGACGAGGACGCCCCGAAGCCGACACAGUGCUUCCGUCAACCUUCCUCCGUGCCGUCCUCUGUUCAUCGCCGUCGUUCGAGAGCUCCGAAGCUAAUUGUGUGGUAGAGGAUUCGAAUUUGAUUGAGGACAACCCACAGGACAUGCUUGAGCAAGAGGGUGAUGCUGGAGACUUUGAUGGAGAUUUCGACGAUGAGUUCUAAGUCUAAUGAUGUGCCGGUCAUCUUCCUGUGGGAGAUUGCCCAUGUUAUUUAAUUCCGCCUUACUUUGAUGUGAUACUUGUUAAAGAUACAAUGAUUCAGAUGAUGUAAUAAAGUAUUCUACUCUCUUUACGCCUUU